AUGGGGAGGCGCUGCUGGCGGCGGCGCGCGCUGGUGGCCGCCUGUCUGGGCGCCGCGCUCCUGCUCCUGGGCGCCGCGCCCCGCGCCCUGCGCCCGGCGUUUGAAAACAGGGCCGUGGGCUCCAGCUGGCUUGGCGGCAAGAGGAGGAGUCCCCUGCAGAUGCUCUACGACCUGUACCAGGGCCCACGCUCCGCGCUGGCCGAGGUGCACCGGCAGCGGCGCGACCUGCUGCGCCGCGCCUGCAGCCGCCACACGCGCCGGCAGCGCCUGCUGCGGCCGGAGGACCUGCGGCACGUGCUGGUGGACGACGCGCACGGCCUGCUCUACUGCUACGUGCCCAAGGUGGCCUGCACCAACUGGAAGCGCGUGCUGCUGGCGCUAAGCGGCCGCGGCCCAGGAGACCCGCGCGCCAUACCCGCGCACGAGGCACACGCGCCCGGCCGCCUGCCCUCGCUGGCCGACUUCAGUCCGGCCGAAGUCAACCGGCGCCUGCGCGCCUACCUGGCCUUCCUGUUUGUGCGCGAGCCCUUCGAGCGCCUGGCCUCGGCCUACCGGAACAAGCUGCAGCGGCCCUGGGGCGCCACCUUCCAGCGCCGCUUCGGCACCGGCAUCGUGCGGCGUCUGCGGCCGCGCCCGGGCCCCGACGCGCUGGUCCGCGGCCACGACGUGCGCUUCGACGAGUUCCUGGCCUACCUGCUGGACCCGCGCACGCGCCGCGACGGGCCCUUCAACGAGCACUGGGAGCGCGCCCACGCGCUCUGCCACCCGUGCCGCCUGCGCUACGACGUCGUGGGCAAGUUCGAGACGCUGGCGGAGGACGCGGCCUUCGUGCUGAGCCUGGUGGGCGCGCCCGGCCUGCGCUUCCCCGAGCCGCCGUCCAGGGCCCGGGCCGCCGCGCGCGACCGUGCCGCGCACCUCUUCCGCGACAUCAGCCCCUUCUACCAGCAGCGCCUCUACGGCCUCUACAGGAUGGACUUCCUGCUCUUCAACUACUCCGCUCCCUCCUACCUGCGGCUGCGCUAGCCCUGCGGGCGGGGGGGAUGGGGCGCGGAGACUGCGCAUGCUGCGGGGCCCUGACUCCGCCCCGAGAGCCGCCACCCCCGCGCUCUCUCACCCUCGGCCCGCCCACCCGGGCCAACCGCAUCCCCGGUGCAGCCCCCGUGCAGCCCACCUCCCCGCAAGGGGGGCUGGACCCCUGGGUGCCUGCCUCCUGCUUCGUCGAAGCGCCCCAGCCGACGGGUGCUUCCCCAGGACCCCUGAGUGGCUGAGGAUGGGAUAAUAGGUUUCUAGGUUGCGAGCGCCUGUUUUUUGUCCACUCUGUCCCGGAACCUAUCCGUGGCGCAAGAUUAGAACGCUGGCUCAGCGCAGCCUGUGGCCCAUCCCGGGGCCCUCCCCACCUCACCUGCCCUGGUGAGGACGGCCCUGGACAAGGAGAGAAGCCCGUCCCCCCUCCCCGGGCCAGGCCCAGGGCAGGCCCAGCCUUGUCGCCAGCUCCGCUCAGGCGGCGACCGUGAGCUGCCGGCCACCUGGGCGUCCUGAGCCGGGAGCUCCCCGAGGGCCCUAUCUGGUCUGACCCCCCCUUGGUCUCUGUCCCGCUCGGUCUUCCUGAGCCCACAGAGCCCAGGUUGCAACGUAGUGGCAGACUUUAUACGACCUUGGUGAGCUGGGGAGCUCAUGUUUUUGAAAUAAAUGUGUUUUGUUACUUUCUGACA